AUGGAUCCGGACUGGGAUGCACAAUUCCCGCCCACUGUCUCUAAAGCCUGCAGCAGAUGCCACGCGCGAAAAGUGAAGUGGCCUGAGAACCAAGCGAUUGACCACUACAAGUGUGACCUGAGAGUUCCCCAAUGCUCGGCCUGCGAGAAACACAACGAGCAGUGCAACAUCACGGAGCGCGUUACGUAUUCCUACGCUGCUGUGAAGAGCCUGCAAGAUAAGAUCAGUGAUUUGCAGGCUACAAUCAAUAGCCUCACUCAAGACUCGGAAACCCACCCUGCCGACGCCCCGGAUGUCAGUCGCUUUGGCGAUGUACGCAAAGAGGCAGAAGAGAUUGGCGUCUUGGCCAUUGGAAGACCAAAUAGCUACACAGACAGGAUAUACAUGGGCAGUGCAACGGGUUCAACAUUUGCCCGCAUAUUCUUCAAGCAGAUCAACCUCGCACCACCCACGCCGAAUGCUCAGCUCUCAUCCGCACCUCUAGACCAGGACUUGUUCAGAAACAACGCCGCUCUUCCGCCUCAGCCGAUUGCGCGGUUUCUCUUUGCUGCGUACAUCCGUCGAGUUCACCUCUGGUGGCCAUUCAUCUCGCUUCCCUUUCUGAGAAGCACCAUCGGCCACUUAUACGAGGACCCAGCAAGAUGCAGUCUCUACCAAAAGUUCCUGGUCCUCAUGGUUCUUGCCCUGGCAUCUGCACACUCGGCUGGUAGCCCAGAAUACCGCCGCAUGCUGGACGUCAACAGCCCCGCUGACUAUUUCCAAACCGGUCUGCGCUUCUUUCUCAACUUCCACGAUCAUUCGCGCGAUCUCCAAGGCCUACAUUCGAUACUUCUGCUGAGUCUGUGGAUGAUGGACUCGAAUGUGAGAAGUCACGGAGAUGACCUCUGGCAUCUCAGUCGCUAUGCAAUGUCUGUUGCCAUUGAGAUGGGUCUUCAUCGCCGGUCAUCGUCUGCGGGCAGCUUCAGUGCCGAAGACACGGAAAUCCGUAACCGUACAUGGUGGUGCAUAUACAGCCUGGAGAGGCAAGUCGCGGUCAUCACCGGUCGAGUCUUGUCAGUUCGCGAACACGCAAUCGACGCGCCGAAACCGAUGCUUAGCAGCUUGGAUAAUCUUUCGAGCUCAGAAGCACAAGCGGCACCCGUUGUUCACCGACUCAACGUGCAACUCUUCAACCAUCUAGUUCGACUACGCCGAAUUGGCGGCCGUGUGCUGGAGUCAGUCUAUAUCGCCAGAGGACCCGAUGGCCGGGCGUCAAAGACCACGUUUCAACAAAUCUGUGAUGAAAUCGAAAAAGUCCAACAAGAACUACAAAGCUGGAAGCGAGAUAUUGAAGGUCUGGAUAUCAAGGGCACGCGGGAAUACUCGGAGAUGAAGGUCGAGUAUGGCCUUCUCCUCUUGCUCAUGUACCGGCCAUCCCCCACCUUCAUGAUUCCAUCACGGGAGAUGGUCGAAAUCUGCUCUCGAGCUAUAUCUGGGACCGUACGCCAAUGGUUGAAGCUAGAAACCCAGCAUGGCAUAGGUGCCAUAUGCCGCUGUUUCCGUCAUGUGCAUGGAGUUCUGAUGGUAGGACUAGCUGGGCUUUAUUGUGAUUGGCACACCAAGACUAUGGCUCGAGAUGCCGAUACACACGUACUCCACGCCCAUGGAAACGACGUAGCUGCAUGCAUCGAUCUUGUUGAACGCGGCAUUUCUUGGAUGAAAGAGGACUGUAUCCUCAAGUACCGCGAUCUUCUACAGGCCGCGAGACUCAAGGUAUACGGGCCCUUGGCCUGGGAACCGACGAGCCCUCAAACACGUUCUACGGACUUGAGACCACCGGCUGGUACUGCUGACACCCUCGGCAUAUUCGAACCAGACAUGCAAUCCCAGCUCUUUUUCCAAGGGGAGGGAUUGGAAACCUAUGUCAACCAGGUCACGGGGUAUUUCGACAGCAGCCAGGUCAACUUGGAUGAGGGCCUGACGGCGUGGUAUGACGCCAAGACAGGUUUCACAGAGCUUAUCGAACCAUUUUGGCAGUCACCCCGGACCAACGGAGACACCAUGUCUCAGUCUGAAUCGAAGAGCCAAGCGGCCAAUAGCCACACCUCUGUUCUCAACCCCAAGAAUGCAACCAUUCUGGUCGGUAUUCGCGAUGGCGUUACCAAUGACUUCCGCCUAGUUCCAAGAGACCAGGCGGUGGUAUCAGUCUUUGACUCCAACUUUCUAAUUGGAGAUGGCAUUUGGGAAGGAAUCCGCGCAGUCAGGGGUCGAAUUCAAUUCGCCAAGGAACACAUCAACCGCCUUUUUCAAUCCGCAAAAGCCAUGUACAUGGAUUUGGGCCUGACAAAGGCCGACCUCCUAUCUCUGCUGCACCGAACCCUCGACGCAAACGACAUGGGCGACGAGCCUCACGUCCACAUUCGCCUCGUCGUCAGCCGCGGCCUCAAGUCCACUCCUUACCAGAACCCGCACGUCAACAUCGGCCUGCCGCUCAUCGUCAUCAUCCCCGAGAUCAAGGCCGUCGACCCCGCGGCGAAGGAGCGUGGUCUGCGCCUCGGCACGACCUGGGUGCGCCGCGGCCCGCCCGACGUCAAGGACGAGCAGUGGAACCACAUCUCCAAAGCCACGGACGUCCAGGCCUGUGUCAGUGCCAACGUGAUGGGCGUCGACGAGGCGCUGAUGCUGGACAUGAGGGGCUUCGUCAAGACUUGCAACUCGGUCAACUUCUUCAUCGUGCGAGGGGACGAGGUCUGGGCGCCGACGAAGGACAACCAGAUGCAGGGCAUCACCCGCCAAAAGACCAUCGACGUCUGCCGCGCUGCGGGGAUCACCGUCAGGGAGCUCGAUUUCGCCCUCACCGAGGUUUACGGCGCUGAUGAAGCGUUCUGCACGGGCACUUUCCCGUCACAGAUACAUGUUACCGAGGUCGAUGGGAGGAAGAUUGGGGAUGGAAACAAGGGUCCUGUCACUGCGGCCAUUCAGAAGUUGUACGCAGCAGAGGUGACGCGGGAUGUCUCAAGGCCGAGGGAGGCUAUCCUGGCCGACUUGGAGACACCUCGAGACCUUAGUGUCUUGAAGCGGUUGAAGUUGUAG